AUGAAGGAGACUAAACUUAACUCGAACUCAACGCCGACAAGUGUGUCUGGUUUAGAGACAGGCGACCAGCUGUGCCAGAUUGAUGGGGAGAUAGUUGAAACAAAGAGUCAAGUGACUCGACUCCUGCGUGACUCAACUUCUGCUAGACAUUUGGAAAUUCUGCUGGCCAGACCCAACAAGAGAGUGACAAUAGAAGAACCACCCUUAGAUGAGCGGCUCUCCUCAGACAACACAGUGACGUCAUCGCAAUCUCCAAUGAAAGUUAACAGCAGAAACAGACAAACAGCCGAAGAAACUCUCUAUCUAAACUUAGCCGAAAUAAACCAACUCAUGCGAAUAGCACAAAAACUUAACUCGAACUCAACGCCGACAAGUGUGUCUGGUUUAGAGGCAGGCGACCAGCUGUGCCAGAUUGAUGGGGAGAUCGUUGAAACAAAGAGUCAAGUGACUCGACUCCUGCGUGACUCAUCUUCUGCGAGACAUUUGGAAGUUCUGGUGGCCAGAUCCAACAAGAGAGUGACAAUAGAAGAACCCCCCUUAGAUGAGCGGCUCUCCUCAGACAACACAGUGACGUCAUCGCAAUCUCCAAUGAAAGUUAACAGCAGAAACAGACAAACAGCCGAAGAAACUCUCUAUCUAAACUUAGCCGAAAUAAACCAACUCAUGCGAAAUGGAAACUCACAGGCGCUUAUGAACUUAGCUGAUGAUCCGCUAUGUUAUCAGACCUCCUGCGAUUCAACUCGAGAUCCGCAAAGGAGUCCAUAUCGGAGAAAUCCGAGCGCGCGACCAAUGGGUCCAAUGCCGUUAUCUCGCCAGGCACUGCAAAAUAUGCGCCAGAAAAGCUUCACCGAUGACCAAUGGCAUAAUUUACCUCUUUCAGAUAAGCAAAAACCUCGACUACCUUCAGGUCAUCAUAAAAAUACCCAACAAAAUUGCGGGAAAUACCUAGAUAUAGCGCGUCAUGGCCACAGUUCACGGCAUGGCUCCGUGUAUGGACCUAUAGACCACUAUCAAUGUCACAGUGCGCCUCAUUCGCCGUUACAUCAUUCAAAUGAUCGAUCCUCAAAUUGGGAAGUCAGGCAGAGUCGAGAAAAAGAAACAUCCAAAUUGUUUGAUGCUUGUACAAACAACCAUUUCUAUCAUGAUAACAUACCAGAGAAAGGUAAUCACGGUCAACGGCAUCAUCAACAUCAUCAAAACCAAAAGUACAAUUUAAUGAAGUCUUCAAUUAAUGAUACUUUCCGACGAACUAGUGAGGUGUCAGCGGAGAAGAAAGAUGACCACAGCGGUAGAAAAGAAAAGUGGGGAUCUCUGGACUGCUCCACGCGACGCAUCCGCAGUUCCACACUCACUGGGUACGAAUUGAUGUACGGGCGAGGAGGAGGAGGAGGUCCCGAGGAACACCAAGCAGUUAGGGAAAACAGAGUGCGACAUGCAAGUGCCAAUUAUUCCGCUGUUAAGACCUCUGCUGAUGCUCAUGAUAACUGGACUUAUGAAGAUAAAGGUUUCGUGGUUCCUUUGAAGAGCGGAAUCAGGAGAGAGAAAACUCCUGACCGGGAAGGCCCCAGGGCGUCUUUCAGUGAGGGUCGAAAGGGAGAGGGGGAGAAGGAAGGUGGGUUGGAUCGGGGUCGAUUGACAGACGAGGGACAGAAAAAGAAAAUUAUGAGCAACUAUUUGGUCAUAAGAGCUUUACUCUCGACAACCGAGGGAAAUAUAUCCGAAGGAGCUUCCCACCCUCUCUUGUCAAUUAACAAAGUUUGAUUUUCUACCACUUGAUUUCAAAGAAAUUUUGUUGAGCUAAACUAUCUCAGGCAUAUCAUCAGGUGUGACAGUUUAAUCUGAAUAACUCAAU